AUGAAUCUGAAUUCUGAAAAGAUAGCUUUCUUUCAGGUUUACUUCACUAUUUAUGGACACCUCAAAGAGCUGCUGCAUUUACAUGAAAUCUCGGCACUUAAUAUCUCAUCUAAUUCUGGGAACUUUUCUUGUGUCUCGUCUUGUGAGCAUACAGAGGAUGGAAAUGAUCAGCUUUCAUUUGGUUCAAAUAUGAUAUCUGCUUCAGGAGCUGGGCUGCAACAACCAUUGCAACAAAUCCAUUGUGGGUUGUUAAGACACAACUUCAAUGGCCUCCUGCCUUCUCUUGCUGGGAUUAGUCAUGUUGCUAUUCAGCUCCCUGCAUAUGAAAAAAAUGAAAUACUACUUAGCAGAACGGGGGGUGGGAGGUUCAUUACACCUGCUUUUGAACCUGUUGUAAUGUCUGAACUAUGUAUUCACCAAAUUGUGCGGUCGAAGUUGCAAGAGCAAGGACAAAUGAUGAAUUCUGGGUUACAGUAUGAUGGUGUUCUCGAUUGCAUUAAGAAGGUUUUUGAAAAGGAAGGUCUUACGGGAUUUUAUCGUGGUUGUGCUUUAUUGAAGCAAAGGGGUUAA